AUGGCUACUAAAUUCAUCAUCCUCGCUCAAGUCCACCGUUCCAAAAUCUCAAUCUCGACCCGAAAACCUCGUAAAUGCAACCAAAACAAGCCCCGACCAUCCAAAUCCAUAACCGACAACAUGUUCAACAAUGAUUUCGCUGGCAAAACCCUUACUGAAAUCUAUCAGGGUGACCUUAAAAAAUCAGACCCUCUUAAUAAUUCACUAUUGUUUGUGGAAGAUCAGCCAGUUAAAGAAGAGGACACAACGAGUCAAGGAGAACACGGGAAGCUGUCCAACUGCAACCGCAAAGACGGUAAGUCCAUAAUCGCAACAGAAUACGGAGACUUGAGACGUGAAGUUGCUCAUUUAAGCUUGUUGUGGUACAUGAAAUGUUCUAUAAGCUAUAUAUUAAGGAAGGCAAGAGCGUUUUACAAUGAGUUUUCUUGUGAUUCUUGUGUUGGGAGUAGCACUAUGGUUGUGGUCGAUCCAUAUUUUUCUGUUCCGGUUUUACCUUACAAUAAUUAA